UGCUGAGGAGGACAGCUCCCGCCAUCUCUGCCAUGUCACACCCGAACUGAGCCCGGUGUGUGAGGAGGCGGACCGGUCAGCGUCGCUUUGUUCUGUCAUGGCUUUACCCCCCUCAUAACUAAGCAUUAUGGAUUAGUGGAGGGCAGGCAACUGUAAAUCCCUAGUGUUGAGCGCUGAUCUGGAUUUAAACGCUGGACAGAGAUAAAUUGUCUUUUGAGGGUAGCAGGCGAACCGGGACGAUGGAUACGAACAUGCGGAAAUUUACGGUGAGAAGAUGGUUUUCCGUGUACCUGCGCAGAAAGUCGCGGUCCAAAAGCUCGAGUUUAUGCAAACUAGAGGAUGACAGCAUCUUAAAGGAGUUUGAUAUCAGCGACCAUGUGAAAGAAGGCUUUGAGAAAGCAGAUCCAUCACAGUUUGAGCUGCUCAAGGUGUUGGGACAGGGCUCGUAUGGAAAGGUCUUCUUGGUGAGAAAAAUCAAAGGCUCUGACACAGGACAACUCUAUGCCAUGAAGGUCUUAAAAAAGGCAACACUGAAAGUGCGGGACAGAGUGAGGUCCAAAAUGGAGCGAGACAUUCUCGCAGAAGUCAAUCAUCCUUUCAUUGUCAAACUCCACUAUGCCUUUCAGACAGAAGGAAAGCUGUACCUUAUCCUGGAUUUUCUCAGAGGGGGGGAUCUUUUCACACGCCUCUCCAAAGAGGUUAUGUUUACUGAGGAGGAUGUGAAGUUUUAUUUGGCUGAGCUGGCCUUGGCCUUGGAUCAUCUUCACAGUCUGGGCAUCAUCUACCGAGAUCUCAAACCAGAGAACAUUCUCCUUGAUGAAGAAGGCCAUAUAAAGGUCACAGAUUUUGGCCUGAGCAAAGAGGCGAUCGACAAUGACAAACGAGCAUACUCCUUCUGCGGGACCAUCGAGUAUAUGGCCCCGGAGGUGGUCAAUAGACGGGGUCACACUCAAAGUGCUGAUUGGUGGUCUUUUGGUGUGUUAAUGUUCGAAAUGCUGACUGGAUCCCUGCCGUUUCAAGGAAAAGAUCGCAAAGAGACCAUGGCACUUAUUCUCAAGGCAAAACUGGGCAUGCCACAAUUCCUAAGCCCAGAAGUCCAGAGUUUAUUGCGGGCUCUCUUUAAGAGAAAUCCUUCUAAUAGAUUAGGCGCAGGACCUGAUGGAGUGGAAGAAAUCAAACGGCAUAUAUUUUUUGCAACAAUAGACUGGAAUAAGUUGUACAGACGUGAAAUCAAGCCUCCGUUCAGACCAGCAGUGGGCCGACCUGAGGACACCUUCCAUUUUGACCCAGAGUUCACAUCCCGCACACCAACAGACUCACCCGGUGUUCCGCCAAGUGCACACGCCCACCAGCUCUUCCGUGGCUUCAGCUUUGUGGCCUCGAACCUGGGUCAAGAACCGCCAUUGGCCGAGACCAAGCCAAACUCUGCAAACCCCAUUGUACAGCAACUUCAUGGCAACAACAUUCAUUUCACUGACGGCUAUGAGUUAAAAGAGGAUAUUGGCAUCGGAGCGUAUUCGAUCUGCAAGCGUUGUGUCCACCGAAUUACCAGCGUGGAAUAUGCUGUCAAGAUUAUUGACAGAGCCAAGAAGGACCCAUCUGAAGAGAUAGAGAUCCUUCUGCGAUACGGCCAGCACCCAAACAUCAUUACUCUCAAAGAUGUCUAUGAUGACGGGAAGUUUGUGUAUUUGGUGAUGGAGCUGAUGAGAGGUGGAGAGCUGCUGGACCGGAUCCUGCGGCAGAAAUGCUUCUCAGAACGAGAGGCCUCAGCUGUGCUCUGUACUAUCACUAAGACUGUGGAGUAUCUGCAUUCACAGGGGGUUGUGCAUCGAGACCUGAAGCCCAGUAACAUCCUGUAUGUUGACGAGACAGGCGAUCCAGAGUCCAUCCGAAUCUGUGAUUUUGGGUUUGCCAAACAGUUACGGGCAGAAAACGGUCUGCUCAUGACCCCCUGCUACACUGCCAACUUUGUAGCACCAGAGGUCCUGAAGAAACAGGGUUAUGAUGCCGCCUGCGACAUCUGGAGUCUGGGGAUAUUACUGUACACCAUGCUGGCAGGUUUCACGCCCUUCGCUAAUGGUCCUAAUGACACACCGGAGGAGAUCUUGGCCCGCAUUGGCAGUGGGAAAUUUGCCCUGUCAGGAGGCAACUGGGACACAGUCUCUGAUGAAGCAAAGGACAUCGUCACCAAAAUGUUACAUGUAGACCCUCACCAGCGGCUGACGGCACCUCUGGUUCUCAGACAUCCCUGGAUAGUCAACUGUGAUCAGUUAUCUCAGAGCCAGCUCAUCAGACAGGAUGUACAACUGGUGAAGGGGGCGAUGGCUGCCACAUACUCCGCUUUAAACCGAUCACCUCAGGCCCCAAAACUGGAGCCUGUCCUGUCUUCCUGUCUGGCUCAAAGGAGAGGAAUGAAGAGACUUACCUCCACUCGUCUAUAGCACUCUGACCAGACACCGAGGCAUCAACAUCUUUAAGACAUUUCCAGUAUCUAGGCUUUGAACAGGGCACCAGAUGGCCACCAAAGCAUCUGGAGCAGAAUGGAAAAAUCAGACUGACCGCAGUGUCGGAGCAAUCUCCAAAGAGUGGCAAAUGAUCUCCCAAGAGUCUCACGAAGCCCAGAUGCAAACAUCACAGCUGUCAGGACUCCAAAACAGGCGGUUGUGGCUGAGCACUUGUGUAUCAUUUAAGGAAAGGUUUUCGUUUUUAAUGGUGGACAGCGAAGAUCACGGUUAUCGUUCCCAAACUGUGAGCAGUUGGUUGGAUAUCCAGUCUUUUGAACAUGCAUGCCAUGUGCAUUAUGUAUUUUUAUGAGAAACUAAUGGUUGUACAUGUUUUUAGUGUGUUAAUGAAAGCACAAGGAACAUCUUUUUAUGUCAUUUAUUUUAUUGUUUUAUGUUGUAUAAUGCUGAGACUUCACGUUGAUAACCGUUUACGUGGGGAAUAGUUUUACAAAAACAGCUGUUUUUAAUUCUAAUGUUUGUUUCUAAUUUUGUUCUAAUUUUUGAAUAUGCAUGGUUACGUUCUGUAUAUUUCUAUCUGACUACCUAUUUAUUUAUUUAUUUAUUUAUAUGUUUAUUGAAAAUUUCUAGUACAUUUGAUUUAUAUGAUUAUUAUUUUUAAGUGACCUUUAUGCAUAAACAUAAAACCCAAACAAGUGCCACAUCUUUGCACUAAGCAACUUCAGAAUAUAAGCUUGAGCAUGUAUUUUCCCUUUCCUGCAAAUAUAAAGAAUUUGUAGAUAUAGUUUGAACUAGACUACUACAUUGUAGCUAACAUGCAUAUUAUAUGUAGUCUUUAGGUCAAUGUUCUGGAAAACACAUGACAUGUCAUCAUCUACUACACUUCGAGGGAACCUUGACCAAUAUUCCACCAUUUUUUUCUGUUUAAAGUAACAACUAUGUGCUUUAAUUCAUGCCAAUGCAAUAAAAAAAAUAAAAAAAAAUGUAAUAAAAAAUUCAGAGAUGCUAGAAAAUGUGUUCUUACAUAAUGAACUCUGUGAAACUUAUUUUAGCCAUUUGAGGAUAUUUAGAAAUCCCAUUUGCAUGCAGUCAUACAAUAUUUGUAGCAGCUUCCGAAAUGGUUUAAUGAUAGCAGUGCAUAUAUAUUUUUUAUAUGAAAAAAUGGAGACAGUUCAAUAUUUUUGAAUGAAAAUGAUAAACCUUUUACAAAAAUGAAGCUGCGUUAAGCAGAAAAACACAGACGAUCUUCAGCCAAACACUUAGUCUCUUGCUGGUGUGGCUUAUUUUUUACACGUGAAAAUGCACCCUCACCAGUGUUUAAAGGGAUAGUUCACACAAAAAUAAAAAUAAAAACUCUUAUCAUUUACUCACCCUCAUGCCAUCUCAGAUAUGUAUGACAUUCUUUCUUCUGCAGAACACAAACAAAGAUUUUUUUUUGAAGAAUAUCUCAGAUCUGUAGCUUUAUACAUUGCAAGUGAAUGGUGACCAGAACUUUAAAACUCCAAAAAUAAUAA